AUGUCAUCCACAACCAGUCAGACUUCUUGGUUCAUCACUGGAACUUCCCGCGGUAUCGGCCUCGAACUUGUCAGACAGCUUGUACAGUUCCCGUCGAACCUCGUCGUCGCGGCGUGCCGUCGCCCUGGUAAGGCGACCGCGCUCGCCGACCUGACAAAGACGGCCAAGGGAACUCUGCAUAUCAUUAAAAUUGAUGUGAACGACUUCGACGACGUCCGUACGCUCCCCAAGCAGCUCGACCCGAUCCUGGGAGAGAUUGGGCUCGACUACCUCGUCAACAACGCGGCUACGACUGUGUGGGACUCCGCGUUUACGCUCGACCCAGAGACGCUCCUCGACAUCUUGCGCACGAACACCGCUGCGCCCGCGCUCGUCUCGCAGGUCGUACUGCCGUUCCUCGAGAAGGGCCGCACGAAGAAGAUCGUGCACGUCUCGAGCUACGGCGGGAGCAUUGCGAGUGUGAGCUCGGAUAGGAUGCAGGAGAAGUACCGGAAGGUCACGUCGUACUCGAUGAGCAAAACCACGCUCAACAUGCUCGCGUAUAAGCAGAAGGUCGAGCGGCCUGACUUGAUCGUGAUCGCAAUGUGUCCUGGAUGGGUCAAGACGGACAUGGGUGGAAUGGACGCUGCCCUCGAGCCUGAAGAGAGUGUUAGCGGGGUCAUCAAGCUCAUCACCUCGGUGACGUCUGCGGACAGCGGGAAGUUCCUGUCAUACAACGGGGACGAGAUCCCGUGGUAG